AUGGAUCAGCUGGGCGGGCAGCUGGCGGCGCCCAGUGCCGGCCGGCGACUGCCAGUUCCGCCGGCGACGCGCGACGCGCAAAAGUGCGGCUCCGGCUUCCAGGAGUCGCUGGCGCACGCCGGCACGUGCAACGGCAGGUCGCCCACCAAGGUCACGUACUACAAGGCUGGCCUGACCGAGCUCAUUGUCGGUUCCAACAAGUCCAUCAUCAGCUCAAACGGAAAGGGCGCCAUCAAGGGCAAGGGGCUCCGGAUUAAAAACGCCAAGAACGUUAUCAUCCAGGGCAUCACCAUCAGCGACAUCAACCCUCAUGUCAUUUGGGCCGGUGACGCGCUCUCCUUCGACAACGUGGAGAACGUCUGGGUGCACAAGUGCACCAUCGCGCGCAUCGGGCGUCAGCACCUGGUGAGCUUCCAGAAGACCAACAAGGGCAUCACCGUGUCCUCCUGCUACUUUGACGGCACCUCGCCAAGCUCAGCGUACUGCGACGGCAAGCAAUAUUGGAUCUGGCUGUUCUGGGGCACCCACGACGAGAUCACCCUCAUCAACAACCACGUCGUCAACACCGCAGGCAGGACCCCCCACGCCGGCGGCUGGAGCAAGUCCCUGAACUACGUCCACCUUGUUGGCAACUCCAUGGACAACAACAACCACGGAGGAAUCGAGCCCAGGACCGGCUCUUACAUUCUCAGUGAGGGCAACAAGUGGACUGCCUUCACCCACCCCAUCAACAUCCAGGCUAAGGGUGGCCAUCUUGCAAUGGUCAACGACGCCAAUGGUGCUUCGCAGUGCAAGAAGUACUUGGGCGCCAACUGUCUCCUCAACAAGUACGACAACAAGUCCAAGUCCAAGACCUGGUUCGACGCGGUCGUCCUGAGCCAGUUCAGCAAGCUCGACAAGAAGGCCAUCAGCAGUGCCCGCAACGCGGUUUGCGUAUAA